CCGCCGUCGCGAGCGUCGAGCGAGAUGAGUCGGGGCGCUGACGCCGGCAGCGGCGGCAGGGAGGCCGCGGGGCGGGCUGGGGCGCGCAGUCCCGCCGAGGAUGGCUUCGCCCCGUCCGCUCUGGGCACCCGAGAGCAUUGGGAUUCUGUGUAUGAGAGAGAACUACAGACUUUCCAGGAAUGUGGGGAUACAGGAGAAAUCUGGUUUGGAGAAGAGAGCAUGACUCGACUGCUGAGGUGGAUGCAGAAACGGAAGGUUCCAUUGGACGCUUCAGUGCUGGACAUCGGAACUGGAAAUGGUGUCUUCCUGGUUGAACUUGCAAAAUUUGGUUUCAGUAAUAUUACUGGAAUUGAUUACUCUCCCUCGGCAAUUCAGCUUUCUGGAAAUAUCCUAGAGAAAGAAGGGUUAUCUAACAUUAAAUUAAAGGUGGAAGACUUUUUGAAUCUUUCCCCAAAGCUGUCUGGAUUUCAAAUUUGUAUUGACAAAGGGACUUUUGAUGCCAUAAGCCUUAAUCCUGACAAUGCAGUUGACAAGAGGAAGCAAUAUGUGAACUCCCUCUCCAGAGUUUUAGAAGCAAAAGGCUUUUUCCUAAUAACCUCAUGUAAUUGGACCAAGGAAGAGCUGCUCCGUGAAUUCAGCGAAGGAUUUGAACUUGUUGAAGAACUGCCAACCCCUACCUUCAGCUUUGGUGGCAGAUCUGGAAACACUGUAGCUGCACUGGUUUUCCAAAAAUCCUGAUCCUUUUCUGCGAACAGAUUCAGGGAAGUGACCACGUGUGCACCCUUGCUGAGGGUGAGUAGCCAGUGAGCUGGUCCUGGUAGGUGCUCCGGCUUCGUUGCUGCCCGUGUGCUCAACUGAAGAUGGCUUGUGCCCGCCCUGGGG